AAGAAAAAAGGAAACGAGAAGUUAUAACGGUGAUCGUUCUCUCUCCUCCUCCGAGCUGUUCUUCUUUCCCUUCUUGGAGAUCACAAACCCUACAGAGAGGGGUCGAGAGAGACCGGUGGAGUCGAAGAGCUUCCGAAUCAACUCGACUCUUUGCCGCAAUCUGUCUUCCGUUCGAUCCGACGUCGGAGCUCGAUCUCUGCUUCUGCCGCGCCUCCCCCCCUCGAUCCGCGUACCUCGGCCCUGUUCCCCAACGAUCUAGGGUUCGAUCACCGGCAUGGCUUCCGAGCAGUCGGCUCCCGUCGGAUCUUCGCACCCCGCUCAAGUGGUCGGCAACGCCUUCGUUAAUCAGUACUACCACGUCCUUCACCGUUCCCCGCAGCUCGUUUUUCGCUUCUAUCAGGAGGCCAGCAAGCUUGGGCGGCCGGACCCUCAGGCUGAAAUGAGCUCUGUUACUGGCAUGGAUGCAAUCAAUGAGAAGAUACUUUCCGUGGACUAUAGUGAAUUCAGGGCAGAAAUAAAGACGGUGGACGCACAGGAAUCUCUUGAUGGAGGCAUUGUCGUGCUUGUCACUGGUUACCUUACUGGGAAAGAUGAUGUUAAGAGGAACUUUACUCAAUCUUUCUUCCUUGCCACUCAGGAUAAGGGCUACUAUGUCUUAAAUGACAUAUUUAGAUAUGUCGACGAUGGUAAUGACCAAUGGGAAAGUGGUGCUUUGACGAGUGGCGACCGUGCACCUCUUGCUCCUGAGCAGGGUAUUGACGGGACUUUGGAGCAGCAACAAGAAGCUCCUCCAAAACAGGAUCAACAGGUAACUGAAGCACCAGAAGAAGUGGAACUGAAUGAGGAGGAGGUGUUCAAUUCUCCAGAGAUUGAGGAUGCUCCCACUCUUGAGGAGGAAGCCCCCACGAUAGAAAUGAUUGAUGAGGUUGCCAAAAUUUCUCAAACUGUGGUUGCUGAUUCUGGUUCUGCUGCUAUCCUGGAAGGGGCACCAAAGAAAUCCUAUGCUUCUAUCGUUAAAGUCAUGAAAGAGAAUGCUCCUCCAUCAGUUCCUGCACCUGUUCCUUCUAGAUCUGCAGUUGUCGACAUCGAUCAACUGGCAUCACCAGUUCCAACACCAGCUCCUGCACCUAAUAAUACUUCUGCUGGUUCUACUGCUGGUGAAAGCAACAGUACACAAGAGUCAGAAGUUGAUGGUUAUUCAAUCUACAUAAAAAACCUUCCUUUGAAUGCCACUCCUGCACAACUUGAUGAAGAAUUCAAGAAGUUCGGACCUAUCAAGCCUGGUGGCAUACAAGUUAGAAGUCAUAAGCAGCAAGGGUUUUGCUUUGGCUUUGUGGAAUUUGAAGUGGCUAGUGCUGUCCAAUGUGCAAUAGAGGCUUCUCCCAUAAUGAUUGGAGGCCGCCAAGCUUUUGUGGAGGAAAAACGGCCUAACAGCUCAAGAGUUAGCAACAGAGGUAGGUUUUUACCUGGCAGAGGAGUUGGAUACAGAAACGAUGGAAUGAGAGGUCGUGGAAAUUAUGGUGGCGGGAGGGGUUACGGCAGGGCAGACUAUGGUUACAGGUCUGAUUUUGGCCACAGAGGUGGUGUCAGGGGUGGAUAUUCCAACCGUGGAGGUGAUGUUGGAUAUCAAAGAGUUGACCCUGCAUCUGGUGGUGGACGUGGAAACCGCAGCGGGUCAAAUGUCAGCAAUUGGUCUUCCAGAAAUGUUGCUCAAGUUCCUGCUCCAUCUUAACACCUCAAAUAAAGAAUAACUAGCGUAGCAGUUGUAGGGUAUCUGUUCUCGACGUUUAUAAUUCAUGGUGAGGUUGAUCAUUCGAACACACCUCUCCUCCCUAUUGCUUUCUGGUCUCAAGUCUCCUGAUAGCUGUUCCAGAGGGAUCAUAUGAUUUCAUGUUUCACUUUUCCUUUUUUUCUUUUUAGCCAAGCCUCACAAGAGACCUGCUAUGACCUGUAUCUACUGAUGUAGGAUGUUGAUAUCGUCAAGGACACCUGCAAACAUCUUUGGCUCCUC